AUGGGCUACGGACCAAUGAUGUAUGAAUUAGUUACUUCGAAUCCGUCACGCAAUGCUCGGAGAAUUAAGCAUAUCCAGGGAGCAGCAGCAUGGAAAACUUUGCGUCUAAACGAAAAGCCACGAAUCGUCAUAGACUGUCAAUUUAUUGCGAAAGAGUUCGAUGAUUUCUCUUCUCGUCUUGCCACUCAACUUGAAUUUAUCAUUGAAGAAAACCUACGGCGUAGAGAUCCGUUCGAUUUGUCGAUUGUAAACUACGACGAGGAGAAUCCGAACUGUGCUGCUGUUACCAGACUUCUACGUAUGAAAUAUCAGCAUCAAACAAUCCUACCAAUGCAUACAAAUAAAGAUGUGCUCGAUUUUUACGACAAGGAAGAUCUCGUUUAUAUUGCCAGGUGGUCACAGCAUGUUCUUCGAGCUCCGUUGGAUGACAGAGUGUAUGUGAUAUGCUUAGGACGUGAUAAUCGACUUCCGCUGGGUGCUGCCCGGAAACGCAACUGUCGCACAGCUCGGAUACCUUUUAAUGAAAAUUUCAAGUUGUAUAACUUCCAUUUUCUGCCAUUUACAAGUGUUGUACGGGUUCUUCAUGAGGUUUACGAAACUGGUGGAGACUGGCACAGCGCUAUACUGAAUGGUAUUUCCAGGUAA